AUGUUUCAGUCCGAAACUUCUACCGCCAUGAAAGUGUUGCUUGUUGGAGCGGCCCUGGUCUGCGCUUGUGCUGCGCACAGUCAACUUUAUGUCCAGCGCAUAAAGAAGAGGAAUUCCCACCUCAGUCAUCCCCCUGCCGAGCAGAAUCCCCCGCUCCCCGAUCUCUACGGGGCUGGCUCCCAGACCCAGUACACUCAACUAUACGGCGGGGCACCUCAGGAUAGUUACAGGCAGCUAUACGGAGGAUCAGCUCAGCAGCAGCAGCAACAGCGAGGCGGCGGCGGUGGAGGCUACGGUAGGCCGGAGCCCGAAGAAGAUGAGUACGAGCCCGGCUACGGCCAGCAAGUCCCUACGCGAGCUCCCCCCUCCAAAAGACCGAUUUCCUACCCGAGACCAACCCAGAAUCCAGUGAAGACCACUCGACAGCCCUGGAGCCACCAACAGACAAUUACGCACCGCCAACCGAAUCCUGGCUACCAGCCGCAAAAGCUUUCAACGACCCGCAGACCGAUCUCAUACCCACGUCCGACUGCUCGCACCACGACCACAACCCGGCGCCCGAGCGGAUAUCCCGGCGCGGACCCAGAGGAUCUGGACACUCCCGGCUAUGGACAGCCCCCGAGGCAGCCCGCUUACCCUCAACCCACUUACCCUCAACCCACCUAUCCCCAACCCACAGCUCAGAAGAAACCCUCGAACGGCGGUUACGGUAACGAUCUCGAUGAUCUCGAACAACCUGGCUACGGCGGACGUCCGACGACGUCGACCGCAAAGCAGACGUCCGGAGGAGGCUACGGCAAUGCCGAUCUCGAAGACGUCGAGACCGGUGGUUACGGGGGACCUGCACGCCAGACUCAAGACAUCUAUGGAAACGGACAAUUGUAUCCAGCGGAGUCCCAAGUAGUCCCGAGGCGGAAAUCUUCGUCCUCGUACAACGUCGCCCAGGAAAUUCCCGACCCGGCUGCUUCAACUCAGGCGAAUUUCUUCGAGGCCCGAUCCAACCCCGAUUACUUCCCUCACACCAGAUGGAAUACCCCAGCAAUCGCUACGGCGCCAGCGUUCCAGUUGCAGACCGUCCAGCAGCCAUUGGGCUAUCUGGUUGUGGAUCAUGCAGCCCAAUGGUGA